UCUCUCUCUCUCUCUCGCCGUGCGGUCAGGUGACCGGCGGCGGAGCAGCUGUGGAGCGUCGCGAUCCCACAUCAUCACAUUCGCUCUCACGGCGCACUGAACACCGACACGGCAGCGGCACACACCCGACGGAUAUUUUUUUUGUUCUGAGGAAACCGCACGAACAGCACAUUGAUCGCACGACAGCAGGGGAAUACGCCAUGCGGGGAAGCGCGGCUUUAUUGCUUUUCAUGGUGGCGACCUCGACAUUGGCCGCUGAGAUGCUGACAGAUGGCUCUAUGGGCCUGCUGGCAGAGCCUCAGGUGGCCAUGUUCUGUGGGAAGCUCAACAUGCACAUCAACGUGCAGACGGGCAAGUGGGAGUCCGACCCCAGCGGCACCAAGAGCUGCAUCGGCUCCAAGGAGGGCAUCCUGCAGUACUGCCAGGAGGUCUACCCUGAGCUCCAGAUCACCAACGUAGUGGAGGCCAACCAGCCAAUCAGCAUCCAGAACUGGUGCAAGAAAGGCCGCAAGCAGUGCCCCAAUCACAUGCAUAUUGUGGUGCCCUACCGCUGCCUAGUGGGGGAGUUUGUGAGUGAUGCUCUGCUGGUCCCUGACAAGUGUAAGUUCCUGCACCAGGAGCGCAUGGACAUCUGUGAGAGUCACCUGCACUGGCACACAGUGGCCAAGGAGUCCUGCGGGGACCACUCCAUGAAUCUCCAUGACUACGGGAUGCUGUUGCCGUGCGGGAUUGACCGUUUCCGGGGGGUGGAGUUCGUGUGCUGCCCCUCCGAGACGGAGAGGGAGUCGGACAGCGCGGAGCCCGAGGAGGACGACUCUGACGUGUGGUGGGGCGGCCCCGAGACCGACUACACUGACAGCAGCAUGCCACGGGAGGCAGGGCGGGCAGCGCAGCAGGAGGCGGAGCCUGCGGUGAGAGAGGACGAUGAGGAUGUGGAGGUGGACGAGGCCCAGGAUGAAGAAGACGAUGAAGAUGGCGACGGUGACGAUGACGAUGAGGAUGAUGCCGAUGAAGAUAACCUGAACGACGAUCGUGACACCAGCGAGCACACCACUAAUGUCGCCACGACGACGACCACCACCACCACCGAGUCAGUGGAGGAAGUGGUCAGAGAGGUGUGUUGGGAGCAUGCAGACCCGGGACCCUGCUCGGAGGGUCUGCCCCGCUGGCACUUUGACCCUGAGCAGGGCGGCUGUGCCCCCUUCACCUACGGGGGCUGCGGGGGCAACCGCAAUAACUUUGAGUCAGAGGAGUACUGCCUGGCAGUCUGCAGCAGCGUGUUGCCCACAACCGCCCCCAGCCCCCCUGACGCCGUGGACCGCUACCUGGAGACACCGGGAGACGAGAACGAACACGCCCACUUCCAGAAGGCCAAGGAGAGCCUGGAGGCCAAGCACAGAGAGAGGAUGUCUCAGGUAAUGAGAGAGUGGGAGGAGGCAGAGAGAAAGGCCAAGAGCCUGCCCCGUGCUGACAAGAAGGCCGUCAUUCAGCACUUCCAGGAGAAGGUGGAGGUUCUGGAGCAGGAGGCGGCCAGCGAGAGGCAGCAGCUGGUGGAGACGCACAUGGCGCGGGUGGAGGCCCUGCUGAACGACCGCCGCCGCCUGGCGCUGGAGAGCUACCUGACUGCCCUGCAGGCCGACCCCCCCAGGCCCCGCCACGUCUUCUCGCUGUUGAAGAAGUACGUUCGCGCCGAGCAGAAGGACAGACAGCACACGCUCAAGCACUUCGAGCACGUCCGCAUGGUGGACCCCAAGAAGGCUGCCCAGAUCCGCCCCCAGGUGUUGACCCACCUUCGAGUGAUUGAGGAGAGGAUGAAUCAGUCCCUGGGGCUGCUGUACAAGGUGCCCGGCGUCGCUGACGAGAUCCAGGAUCAAGUGGACGAGCUGCUGCAGCUGGAGCGGGCGGAGGUGUCCCAGCAGGUGUCGUCCCUGCAGAGCGAGGGCAGGAUCAGCUACGGGAACGACGCCCUGAUGCCCGACCUGCCCGACAGCACCACCCCCGUCGACCUGCUGCCCCCCGAGGAGGCGGGGCUCGGCCUGGACGGGCGCGGCUUCAUCCACCCCGAGAGCUUCGGCCAGGUCAACACCGAGAACCACGUUGAACCAGUAGAUGUGCGUCCUGUCGCUGAUAGAGGACUUCCCACAAGACCCGGUUCUGGUAUGAAGCUGGAGGAGGUCCCUGAGCUCAAGAUGGAGGCAGAGGAGAGACACAGUGCUGGAUAUGAAGUGCACCAUCAGAAACUGGUGUUCUUUGCUGAGGACGUGGGCUCCAAUAAAGGUGCCAUCAUUGGACUGAUGGUGGGCGGGGUCGUCAUCGCGACUGUCAUCGUCAUCACCCUGGUGAUGCUGAGGAAGAAUCAGUACACAUCCAUUCAUCACGGAGUGAUAGAGGUGGACGCGGCAGUGACCCCAGAGGAGCGUCACCUGUCCAAGAUGCAGCAGAACGGCUACGAGAACCCCACAUACAAGUUCUUCGAGCAGAUGCAGAACUGAGGACCCGCUGCUCUGUUGCCACCCCUCUCCCCACCCCCAAACCCCGCCCUGCCCCCACCCCC